UUUUAAUUACGUAUUACUGUACUAUAUUAAACUUGGUAUGAUUUAGAUCGGUUGAAAAUUUAAUUAAUCAGAAAUCCAAAGAGCUUAUAGCGCAUUAAAACCUGCAGUAAAAUGGCUAGGUAUUUUGGAAAUACCACUUUUCUCAACGCACAAUAGCAUGAAGUCACCUUUGGACAUCAUUUAUGUUUUCGCCACAAUCAAAUUGGUCAAUUCAAAUUUAGACGGAUAUAUCACUGGUGGAUCGUUCGCAAGAUACAGUCAGUAUCCACAUGCAGUGUAUUUGGAUAUGAGAUGUGACCAAAGAUUCGUGUGUGGUGGAUCUGUGUUAACUCAGGAUGUGAUCUUGACUGCUGCACAUUGCAUGGAAGGAUGUGAAGGGGUCAAACAUGAAGAUGUCCUAAUAAAAUACGGUCAUGAAGACAUUCGAAAGAUGAAGAAUACUUACUUAAGAUCGUUUGUGCAACAUGAACAUUAUGAUGAAUAUAAAGUAGUUAAUGACAUAUGUUUGUUAGCAACAAAAAAAAGGAUACCUCUGAAUAAAGUAGUCAAAAGAGUGAUUUUAAUGAAACAUCCGCCGCAUGCACAGUAUGGCUAUAUAGCUGGAUGGGGGAAUGAUGAAUACGGUAAUUCAAAGACAGCGUUGAAGCACACUGAUGCAAAGAUCCAAAAUCUUAAUGUGUGUAAAAAUAUGGGCUGGCUGCCAAAGGGGACCUUCUGUGCGGGGCCUAUCACUGGGCUCGGGGCUGCUAACGAAGGGGAUUCAGGUGGUGCCCUUGUAAUAGAAAACUAUGUACAAAUAGGACUCGUAUCGUUCAAAGUGGAUAAAUAUAGUUUGGUCGCGUAUACAAAUAUAACACAUUUUUUGGGAUGGAUAAGAAAAAAUUCGAAGCGACUGUAUUGCAACACAAGGAAAGAAAAUAAAAACAAAUAGGUUAUGCAGUAAAAGUUUUUAGAUAUUAUAAUUUAUAAUAUAUACAUAGACGCCUGUGGCGCGCAUGUAUGGAAUCUAUUCUGUUUAUCUAAGGAACUGAGUAACUAUUUGUAUUAUAAGGUCUUGGGUCGGAUAACACCAGUAGAGGACACUUAAGCA